AUCAGACUGCGAAAACAACAAAAUAGAAGUGCAGUAAACAGUGAGAAUAGUGUUUAGGCUACAAGGCGGGUCACAGCUAGAUAAAUAUGUUCACAUCCUGUUCGAUCGGAUUAUGACAUUACAUGCAUCGUGGUGACAUGCAAAAGAUUAAGCAGACUCGUUUUUUUAAAUAUACGAUUGCACACAUUUCCUACAGCGAGAACGAGUUUGACAUGGAAGUGAAGCGCUAGCCAGCAAACGUAGCACUUUAUUUUCACUGUCAUAAAAUAAACUGGAAGAUUAUGGACAUCGGGUGGUAUGGAAAACUGUCCAUAGAGAUCACCUAAUUCGCUUUUUAUAUGGAUUUUAGCCCAACUACAAAUAGAGGAUAUUUUUAAAAAGCGUUGAUCAGCUGUCAAUAUGGCCGAAAUAAAGUCGCUCAGUGAGUCUGACGAUGAAGAUCUACACUCCACAGAUCCUGAGGGUAAGGACAAGAGCAAAGACAAGAAGAUACUGUGUAAAGUCAAAUGGUCUUGUGACGAGGAUGAGAGGCUGAAGAAGUUAGUGGAGCAGCAUGGAAUAGACUCCUGGAAAUUAGUAGCUAAUAAUUUCCCAGGGAGGACAGAUGGCCAGUGUCAGCACCGCUGGCAGAAAGUGCUCAACCCAGAGCUGGUGAAAGGACCCUGGACAAAAGAGGAGGAUCAGAAGGUGAUCGACCUGGUGCACAAAUAUGGCCCCAAGCGCUGGUCGGUGAUCGCUAAGCACCUGCAGGGACGCAUCGGAAAGCAAUGCCGUGAGCGCUGGCACAACCACCUGAACCCUGAAGUAAAGAAGUCCUCCUGGACCCAGGAGGAGGACUGCAUCAUCUACCAGGCCCACAAACGCCUGGGCAACCGCUGGGCUGAGAUCUCCAAGCUGCUGCCUGGAAGGACGGACAAUUCCAUUAAGAACCACUGGAACUCCACCAUGAGGAGGAAGGUAGAGCACGAGGGGUAUCUUCAGGAGGGCUGCAGGGGAUUUGGCUUUGACCAUGGGGGGGUGAAGAGAAGUCACCACAGACCCUGUGUCCCCCAACCAGACACCCCCCACCACGGGCACAGCCCUCUGGGCAUGGAAGGACCAGCACAGCUCGGGGGUUACCCUUAUAGCCCUCACUGUGGCCAACUGAUGGACAGCCUCCAAGACUCCUCCAGCUACUUAUCGCCGUCCUGCCAUGACGACCCAGACAAAGAGCAGAGAAUUAAGGAGCUUGAGCUUCUGCUUAUGUCAGCAGAGACCGAGGUCCGGAGACAGGCCCAGUGCCGAGGCCCAUGUAAUGUGGAGCGUUACUCCAGUUGGGCAGACAGCGUGUCAGAUGACACCAUGACCACCAGCAGCAGCAGUCUGGAGGAUCAUGCUGAGGGAGGCUGGAGGGGCCCAGAGGAGGGCCGAGGGCUCCAGGUCCAGCACCACGUCUCCCCCAGUAAGUUCCUGUCUGUGGAGGCUAAUUCCGUGCUCUCCACCUUGCAGACCAUCCCUGAGUUCGCAGAGUCCAUGGAGCUCAUCGACUCGAUGUGUCUGGCUCUACAGGACCCUAUGACGUGGAGCGAGGCGUCCAGUUUCGACAUGUCUGAGGCGACUACCCCCCCGAAACAAACACAAGGGGGCUACGCACCCCAGGGGAGAACCACAGAGGGGAUGAGGUACGCAGUUGACCACCCCAACGGCAUCUCCACCAAGCACUGUGCCCCCAUGGGUCAGGGGAAGGCCCUCCCCCACACCCCAAACAACAUGCCCAGAUCGAGUUUGCCUAACCUGGGGAGGAGGAAGAGGGGGGACCAGUCUCCUGAUAGGAGUUGCCCAUCUUUCUUAGACUCACCCAGCACCAACUCGCCCAAGAACACCCCCACGAAAGCACUGCCCUUCUCCCCCUCCCAGUUCUUCAACACAUCAGGAGGAGAGCAUCUGAGCCUGGACAAUCCAGCUCUGACCUCCACCCCGGUCUGUGACCAAAAGUGUCUCCUCAACACACCCUUCCUGAGGGAGACCACGCCCAAACACCAGAAAGAGAAUGUGGGUUUCAGGACCCCUAAGAUCCGUAAGUCCAUCAUGGUUCCGACUCCCAGAACUCCUACUCCGUUUAAGAAUGCCCUGGCCGCCCAGGAGAAGAUGCAUGGGCCACUAAAGAUGGUGCCCCAGUCCCUGGCCUUCCUGGAGGAAGACCUCAGGGAGGUGCUGAAGCAGGAGAUUGGAUCAGACAUCUUCACCAGGGAACUACAACCACAUUUCAUGCCAUGGAAACAUGAUGUGGAUGGGCCAGCCAGGAAGGUGCGUAAGUCCCUGGUGCUGGACUCCUGGGGGAAAGACUGUCUUAACGUCCAGCUAUUCCAGGAACAGCGCAAUAAUGCACAGAUCCCAGAGGAGAGUCUCCUGACCAGCUCCUUACUGAUGACCCCCCUCCCUGAGAGAGACAGAGAAGAGCACCCCUGCACCCCCUCAUCUGGGAGGGAGGGGUCCUGUGCCCCCCUGCUCCACCUCCCCAGCCCCCACAAGAGGAAGAACCCCCCUUCGGUCAGAAUGUCCCACCACGAUUCACUUAGACAGGUAAAAAGCGAGUGGGAAGCAGUGGUUUAUGGGAAGACUGAGGACCAGCGGAUCAUGACAGAGCAGGCCCGGCAGUAUCUGGGUAGUACCUACCCAUCCUCCGCCUGCACCUCGAGGGCCCUCGUCCUCUGAGGCAAUAGUCACCACAAACUACACCCGUCCGGCAGAGUUGCUAUGUAAACCACGCUCCUUCUCCUAACGACUCUUAGCAUACCUAGACAAUCUGGCGUAGGCAACUCAAAUCAUUUUGAAAGUUGUGUAUUGAUAAGAUCCCUAAGUGAACACUCAAGUGUACCACAGAAUACUUUACAGAAAAAGCCAAGUCAAGCAUUUUUUUUCUCAGUCACACUACCCAAGAACCUUGACGUCCUUGAUUUGAGUUUUUGUAGCCAUAAAUUCCUUGGUUUGUCUUUUGAAUACACACAAGCCUAGCCAUGUAACAGGUUUGUACAGAUAAGAAGUACUAGAUUUUCUGCACUAUAAUGUGUUAAAACUUAACAACCUGCACAUACAGUAAGUAGUAAGCUGUAGAAAUAGACUGAUUAUUACUAGCAGUGGCUGAGUCUCAUAUUGUUUAUAUAUUGUUUAAAUAAAAAUGAAAAAAAUCUGUUUUAUGAUGUAAUAUUACAUGUAUAUUUUCUAACUUGUUUGUAGAACUACCCUGUACUGCUACACCUGUUGUUUUGAAGUCUUAGGAGAGAGACAGAGCGCUGUCUGUAUGGCACUACUGAGUUGGGGUUGGCUGCAGAGAAGCGAUCAGUGUUGAGGAGGUAACUGGAUAGCACUUGUGAUGUGACUGUAUUGUUUCAAAAUGCAAUCAAGUUUCCGUUCCAAGGCCAUACUUUCCUUUAGCAGUCUCAAGUUGAGACAUUUGUUGAAUGUAUUUCAUAGCAUGAAACUGCGAAGAAACUCCAAAUGGAAGGGUACUUUUCCCCCCCGUAUUUUAUUUAUUAUUUCUAUUCUAAAACGUAGAUAUUAAUAUAAGUGUAAAUUGAACACAUUCUCCUUUGAGAAAUAUUCCUAAAGCCUUUCCCUGCCCCUAAGAUUUGGUCUGUCAGUUCUACUUCUUUCCUUCUAUUGAUUGAGGUUGUGAUUGGGGAAGGGUACACUGAUCCAAAAUCAGAAUCCAGGUGUCAUGUUUGGUACUGACCAAUAGUGCUCAGAGUGCUAAAACGACCAUGUUUAGUUGAGGGGAUCCUCCUGUUCACGUGAAGGCUGUAUGUUCUAUUUAUUAAAUGUUUACUCAUUUAUUUAUUUCAAUACAAAGAUAAAUGAUCAAAUAAUUAUAUUUUCUUCUUAUCAGAAAAGGAUUGGGCUACCUUUCACCUAAUCUCUCCAAAUUAGACAUACCAAGCAAACAAGCACUGCCACUAAUUCCUUUUUAUUCAGUAAUUAUUUGAACUAUCAGAUUGAGUUAAUUACCAUUUGUAUAGUGACAUCACUGAGUUGUUGUUGAUAGAACAGUUUCCCCUGGAAUCACUUUUUUUUUUGAAGCAGGACCCAGUCUCUAAUCAUAGACAAAUUGCACUUUGCUCAUUGUUUUAAGUGUUGUUUCGUUCAUUUGUUUGAAAGCAUGACAUAGCUCGUUUUAUGUGUGUGUGUUUUUUUGUUAUUUUUUUUCAAAUCCAAUGCCGUUAGAUGAAUGUCUCGCUACAUGUGACGAUUGAACAUUGACCUAAAUAGGUAUAGAUGGAGCUGCUUGAUGUAUGUUUUUACAUGGCAUGUAAAGAUUGAACAUUUUGUAAAGAUGGAAAUAUUGUAAAGAUUAAGCUUUUUUUUUUUUUUUUUUUUUUUUAGAUCAAUUGUUUAUCAGUAAUAAUCACCAGGACAAUAAGAUUUUCAACAGACAAAAUAUUAUUUUUUGUUGUAUGUCUUCAUGUGACAAUGCAGUUUUCUAUAGCUCUGAUUGGUUACCUCUGUAAUAAAAAGGUGCAGCAGAGUAUCUAUGGUCCCUGUGGUGAUGAUUGGUGUCAUUCGUUCCAACGGUCUUCCAACUGUUUAGAAUCUGGAUUAUAAUUUAUCUAGCAUUAAGUGUGUUUGAGAAUAAAAAGGGAAUCUCAUCAGGAGAGUUCACAAGGAAAGAUCAUGUAUGUUCACCCUCUCUGAGCUCCACAGAGCUUCAGUCUAUGAUCUUUCUUAUUUUCCUUCAUCGGCUACACUAAAUAUGUAUGUUCUGUUGGUUGGUUUGACUUCAGUAUGUUUGGUUUGUAACAUGUUUGUUAAUACUUGGACAUCUAACCCUAUGUUAUGAGGGAAUGAAGUACAUUUAUAGUAGUUGUUGUCAUAAUCAUGCAUGAACAACAAGCAAUACGCUGGACCUUUCCAGUACCAUGUUUGUACAGUAAUCACAGACGUAACACUUGUCUUGUUUUCUUUCUGCUGUAAUCGUAACCAGGCAACACAGAAUUCCUGCCAACUGCAAAUGGAACCAUGUACUUAAUAUGGAAUAGUAAUAAAAUGUUAUUGCAUUGCA